AUGCGUGCUAUUGGUCAAAAGCUUCGAUCAGUUGAUCUUCAGGAUACCUCAUUUGAGAAGGAGUUCUUGCGGUUCACCAUCAGGGAUCUUUCUCGGAGAGGUUUGACAUGCCAAGUUUUAGACCUGAGGACCUCGCAUUUUCGAAAGCUGAACAUGAUGGGCGAGUUCAUGCAAUUACACACUCUUAAUCUUGACUAUAGUAAUUCACUCUCUAGUUUCAAAGAAGAUUGUUUCACUUGUAUGCCCAAUCUAAUGUGCCUUUCAAUGUGUGAGACAAGAGUGUCAAAUCUCUGGACGACUGUAGCAGCACUUUCUAAACUCCCUUCUCUGGUGGAACUUCGGUUCCAAAAUUGGUUCUGUUGCAAUGAUGCUACUCAUUCUUCUGGAUCAACUGAUCAAGAUGACAAAACUGAUUUCUUUCAUCUCAGCAGUAGUUCAUCCAUUGGAGUUUUAAAUAAUGUAGUUACUAACCGUGAUACUCAAAUCUCGAUAGAGGAUUCAUCAGAUGAUAGUGAAAUGGAUUUCUCAAGUCAGCAGCACGAAUAUGAUUACAUGGACCUAUUUUCGAAUGUAGCUCCUCAAAUGGAUGGAGAGAUUGGUCCUUGGAAUGAGGUUUCUCUCGAGACAUUGUUGAAUAAAAGUGAAGAAGUCUCAGCUGGUGUUUUGACAAGGCAUGUUGCAGGUGUUUCAUUGAAGUAUUUGUCUUGUAAUGCUUCACCAAUAUGCUUUGAGAAGUAUUACAGGGAUUUCAUGAUAGCUUCAUUGGCACAGUUGAAAUUUCUGGAUAACUUAUCCAUCAGAAAGAUUGACCGGGAAACUGCUACUAAUACGUUUUCACAGAACUUUGAGUACCUACCAUACAAAAGGAAGCAUAAAGAGAGUAUUGUUAGUAUCUUGCAGAAGCGUGAAAUAAGAGCUAGUAACUCUCAUGUUAGGACUUCCAAGCAAAAGUCAUCAUAUCCUUCAGGAAUAUCUCAAUAUUCCUAUACCAGGUCCCUCUGUGCUGCCAAAGUUGGAUCUUCUGCUUGGCCUUUCAUACAUACACUUUCCAUUUCAGGCAAUGAUAUCAGAGAUGAAAAUAGGAUUUUUCGUCCCAGGCAGUUUGAGUACCAUCCGUGUAUUCCUCGCCUUAUGGUCUUUGGAACCUUAGAUGGUGAAAUAGUUGUAGUCAACCAUGAAAAUGAGAAGAUUGUUAGUUAUAUUCCAUCAUUUGGGGAUAUGAAUAGUGUGCUUGGACUUUGUUGGCUCAAGAAGUAUCCUUCCAAGCUCAUAGCUGGUUCAGAUAAUGGCUCAUUAAAGUUGUAUGAUAUCAAGAAUAUGCCACCAACAGUUGCAGAUGCGCAUUAUGGUGCUGGUACUGUCAGCUUUGAUGAAUUUGACCUAUUGACAUCUGUUCAUGUUAACUCUACGGAUGAACUAUUUCUUGCUAGUGGAUAUUCCAAAAAUAUAGCUCUCUAUGACAUCACUACCGGAAGACGGUUGCAGGUUUUCGCAGAUAUGCAUCAAGAGCAUAUCAAUGUUGUCAAGUUUUCAAACCAUUCCCCAUCGAUAUUUGCUACAUCUUCAUUUGAUCAGGAUGUCAAGUUGUGGGACUUGAGGCAGAAACCCGUACAGCCUUGCUAUACUGCUUCAAGCUCACAAGGAAAUGUGAUGGUUUGCUUUUCUCCAGAUGAUCAUUAUCUUCUUGUUUCAGCUGUUGACAAUGAGGUUAGGCAGCUUCUCGCUGUUGAUGGGAGGGUCCACUUGAAUUUUGAGAUAGCUUCUACUGGAAGCUCCCAGAAUUAUACUCGUUCCUAUUACCUGAAUGGAAGGGACUAUAUUGUUAGUGGGAGUUGCGAUGAACAUGUAGUCCGUAUUUGCUGUGCUCAGACUGGGAGGCGUCUUAGGGAUAUAUCUUUGGAGGGAAAAACCCCAAGGACUUCCAUGUUUGUGCAAUCUUUGAGGGGUGAUCCUUUUAGGGAUUUCAACAUGAGUAUCUUAGCAGCCUAUACACGUCCGAGUUCAAAGUCUGAAAUUGUCAAGGUGAAUUUGCUGGCUUCAACAGACUAUUAUUCGAAGGAACAAUCUGAUGACCGGCUUUCUCGCCCAUCCAAAAGAAUGGGAGGUUGAUAUAUAUGACAUCUAUUUUCUUCCAUUUCCUUAUGUUGACAAAGGUAGCUCAUCUUGGUUAGUUCUAGUAGCAUAGGUAUACCUGUAAUGUUUAAUGUAAUUGUUCUGUGUAAAUUUAAUUUCCCAUAUAAUUUAAUGGGAGACCUGUUCUUCAAA